AUGAGCAAAAAGAUAUUUGAAUUGAAAGAUCUUCGAUAUUUCCAUACAUUUCAAGCUACUUCACCGAAGAAAAAUCGAUAUAGUUUUCCGAUGACUGCCUCAUCCAGCUCAUCCAUCAGUUCAUCUCAAUUCAAUUCUUUGGUGGAUCCUGUUUGGGAAACAAUCGAUCCAACUCCAGAUUUACAUGCACUUUUCAAACAGUAUGAUAAUACUUUCUUCGAUGGGAGAUUAGCUGCAUGUGAAGUGAAGUGGAGUUCUCGAAUGACCUCAAGUGCGGGUUUGUGUAGUUUUGAAAGUAGGAGCAAGUUUUGUUCCAUCCGACUCAGUAAGCCGCUUCUGCAAUAUCGACCUCGAAAAGAUCUGGUGGAAACAUUACUACACGAAAUGAUCCAUGCUUUUUUAUUUCUCUCCGACGGAGUCAAAGAUCGUGACGGACACGGACCAAUGUUUCAGUUCCAUAUGCGCCGUAUCAAUAUGAGCGCAGGGACAAAUAUCACUGUUUAUCACAAUUUUCAUGACGAAGUAAUAUAUCAUCAAAAGCACUGGUGGAGAUGCACUGGACCUUGCCGGAUGCGCUCUCCAUUUUAUGGUUGGGUGAAGCGAUCAAUGAACCGUGCUCCAGGCAAGAAUGAUUUUUGGUGGAAAGAACAUCAAAUGACCUGUGGAGGUAACUUUAUCAAAGUCAAGGAACCGGAAGGUUAUGAUACGAAAAAGAUAUCGAAUGGAAAAUCUCAAUCUCAGGCACGGCCAACACCUUUGGAUCGAUAUUUCACUGGAAAAGGCCAUGUUUUAGGUCAUCUAUCGUCAUCUUCAGGAGCUAUCUUAGGUUACUGUCCCAACGUAGACAGAUCGAGGAACAGCAUCGGUAAUACUGGGAUGGAACUUGAAAUGCGGCAUGCUGAAAAUUAUUACAAUGGGGGUGACCUGAGAGUACAAAAAAAAGCAGCCAAAGAGAAUAGGGCAGGUGUUACGACGUUAAAAGAUAACGGUGAAUUGUUAGUAAAAGAAAAGAUUCCGGAAAGUAGCAAAUCGGCCAGUGUUGGAAGUGUCGAAUCAGAUGACAAUGAUAUAAUCAUUUGUGUGCCGUGCCCGGUAUGUAAUGUGCAUGUUCCGGAAAAUGCUAUUAACUCUCAUCUGGAUUCAUGCCUCACAUAA